AUUUUAAAAAAAAUGAUUCCUGAGGAGAAGAUUGAAACAAUUUAAAUGCCAUCCUUAAUUACAAGUUUUUCGAAAAGGAAGUAAAAUAUGUCCCAAUCAAUUUCAUAAUCUAAUAUUUUGUUACAAUCAAGUAGUUAGUGUUGUGAAAAAUAAGAGUAGAUAAUUGAAAACAUACAAUUAAAUGAGAAAAAAAAUGUAAAGAAAGUUGAAGAAGAUAAAAAAUAAUAAAUUCUUGAUUAUAAUUUAAACACUCAACUAUCAUUAGAAAUCAAAUCAAUAGUCAACACAGUAGUAAUAUCGAAUACUUAGUAAUAAUAUUUGCAAGGAAUGGUGAGUUUAAAAGCUUUGGACAUCAUGUAGAAUAUAAAUGAAUAAUCAAGUAGAGUUGGUGUUGAUUUAGUAUAAAAAUAAUACUUAUUUAAAGUUUUGUUUAAUUGAUAGGAGUGGAAGUAUGCAUGGAGAUAAGUUAACAAUGGUUAAAAAAACAUUAGUUUAAUUGUUAGAAUUUCUUGGAGAUAAGGAUCGACUUUAAUUAAUUGUAUUUAAUGGUUAAGCAUAAAGAAUUACACCUUUAAAUUAUGCAACAACUGAAAAUAAAUUAUAUUUUAAAGAAAAGAUAGCUUCUAUUAAAUCUGGUGGAGAUACUAAGAUAGCAAAUGCAUUUUAAUUAGCACUAGAUGAAUUAAAAUAAAGAUAAGUGAUAAAUGAUGUUAGUUCAAUAUUUUUAUUAUCUGAUGGUUAAGAUUCAACUGCAUUUGUAGAAAUUUAAAAUAGUGUUUCAGAAGUGAAAGAUGUUUUCUCUAUUCAUUGUUUUGGUUUUGGGCGAGAUAAUGAUACUAAUAUGAUGACAUCUAUUUGUAAUUUAAAGAAUGGUAGUUUUUACUUUGUGUAAGAAAUAGAUUUGUUGGAUGAAUUCUUUGCUGAUGCAUUUGGUGGUUUGAUUACUGUAAUAGGUGAAUAAUUAGAAAUUAAAGUUUCAAUUUAAUCAACCUCUCCUUUCGAAAAUGUUUCUAUUUCUAAGACUUAUGGAAAAAUGUGGUAAAAAAUAGAUAAAGACUAUAUUAUCAAAUUGCCACAUAUUGUUUCAGGAACUAGAAAAGAUUUUGUAUUUGAAUUAUGCUGGCCUACUUGUUAGAAUAUUGAUGAAAAAGAAAUAGAAUUAAAAGUUCUUGAUGUAUCAAUGACUUUAAAAAAUCCAAUUACUAAAUAAGUAAUAUAAAAAGAUGCUAGUUUGAUUGUUAAAAUUGUUAAUUCUGAUAAUUCAAUUAUUUAAAAUGAAUAAGAUUUGGAUGUUUUAACUUAAUAUUACAGGGUUAAAGGAACUGAAACUAUUUUAAAUGCUAAAUAAUUAUGUGAUUAGGAUGAUUUUGAUCAAGCAAAACUCUUGAUAUAAAGUAUGCUUAUAAAAAUUAAACCAAAUGAAUUUAUCUUAGCUUUAUGUUAGGGAAUAGUAUAAGAUUUAGAGUAAGCACUAUAAGCAUGUGAAAGAAACAGAUUUUAAAAUUAUGGUAAUAGCUAAAUGAUUUAGUUUGUGUCUAAUAAUUUUCAACAAAUAGGAUCCAAUUCUAUUUUCAAUUCCCGAGGACAACAAUUAUCUUCUACUCAAGCUUCAUACUCAAAUACAAUGCAAUCUCUUUUGAGAAGUUAAGUUUAAGAUUUUAGAAUUUCAUAGUAAAGUGACAUAUUAUGAUUAUGAGCAAA